AUGGAUUCCAAGCUCGAAUCCAAAGAGUAUGCAACCAGCAUCCACAGUGUCGCUUCCACCACCACCACACUACUGGACACUUCAAAGGCCAACUUCCUCGAAGGCAGGCGAUUCCAUAUCGAAGCAAAGGGUAUCCGUGCAAUUCGCCCACCCAUGCCCAUGAGACAGAAUGAAAUCCCUAUUUACACCGCCGACGGUACCUUAGCAUAUACAGCCACCAAAGACAAGGCCUUAUCGAGUCACACCAUUCUUGCAUCACCUAAGCACGGAGAUCUCUUCUCCAUUGACUUUAGGCCAGGUUGCUCUCCCUGGAUCCGCAUUUUACCCUCCGUAGAGGGGGGCGUCAUUCUGCCAAUUGCUGUGCAGGGAAAAUUGACCACCCGGGCCAUGUCAUUUACGCCUCCAGAAGGGGGAUGUAAAUGGGAAUGGAAGUACUCGACCAUCGCCUCUCCAGAUGGAGGUAAGCUCAAGGCCUUGUGUUUGGAGAAGAUUGAUGGGACGGAAUGUGCAAAAUUUACGCGAAUCGCCUAUCUACUCCGGAGCCCAGAUACACGUGCAACAGGUUCAUCUUGUUGUUCUGCUGGAAAUGGUGGUCAACUGGUUAUUAGUCCUGAUGUCGACUUGAGCAUGGUCGAGGAGGCUCUAGUUAUCGCCACUUGUUUGGUCAUGUUGCGUAGGGAAAGAGAUCGUCGCAGAUUCAUUCAGGCUAUGGUUAUUGGGGGUAUGGGCAGUUGA